AAUAGCCUUUGAUUUGCAUGAUAAAAAGGUAAAUAUUUCAGAAACUAAAUAUAUAUAUAAAGUAUAGCAAUUAGGGAAAAAAUAGCAAUUAUGGAUGCAAGUGUUGCAAAAGUAGUAACUGUAUGCAGUUUUUUAUUUUCAUGGUAGUAAAUUACACACAUGAAUGUACUUUGUUAAAAGGUGGAGAAUCUUGAACUGUGAUUAAGAACUUCAAAUUGUGGAGGGCAGCAUUACCCCUCAGUGUACAGCCUGUACAGUGGCAUCGACUUUAACUUUGCCUGUAAUAGCAUUCAUGUCAAACAGGCUUUAAACUCGGCAGGUAACUUACUAAGGGCACCAGUGUGUGCAGUGUUCACUUUGUGGACGAGAAAUGCAAGAGAUAAUUGUCGAAAUGUGACAGAUAUAUCACCAAACAAGCUACUGUCUCCCUCACAGCACCCCCAACAAACUGCCUAUCCAAGGCGAGGAUAAAAGGAUAAACGUUAUAUAGUUAGUUAGUUAGUGUUAUGGGGGGUGAAGUUGUAACAUCCUUUUGUGAGGCAAAGCUUUAUUUGAAGUUAGAGGUUACAAAGAUCAGAUCAGCCUCUCGUCACAAUCUGUAUCCUACUCACAUUUAUAUACCUCUGCGUAAUGGGUAUGUUUGUGUGUUGUAUAUGUUUUUUGACAACCAGCUUUAUCAGAUCUUGUGUUACCCUGACCUUAUAUACUUACAUCUUUACAUUGUCAACAUAUCAAAUAACCUAUUCUUGGCAGUAGACUCUUAGAUUACUGGGAUCUCUUGGUGUAAGAUAUACCAAACUAACACCUGUCCAGGUCAUCCUGACAUUGACUUAUCACUUAUAACUCUAUAUAAACUUUAUCAGUCAAAACAUACAACACUAUCCGUCAUGCGGAAAUCGCCAAGUUCAGCCUCUUAUCCAAACAUUCUCGCCUGCCAACUUUCCUAGCCUCUGACCUUAACUUAUUUUUCGUCAGACAUCAGGUGUCAUUCGUAAUGUUGCUUUUCUACCUGUUUCUGGAUUGUAAACAUCUAGGCCUCAAGGGUUCCAAAAUAUCUGUGUUUUUCCCGCUGUCUAAAUAAUCAAUCCUUAUCAAUGUAUUUGUCACAGUUGUUCAGAAUCCACACCAUUCCCAGUCAAUCUGCACGCUCUGAUGUAUGAUUUCUAAGAAUUUUCUUAAAAGCAGGACAAGCUUCACGGAAAUUCUUGGGUGCCAGCAGGCACUAGAACACUCAGGAACAAGAGAUAAAAGGCCUCAGUAUAUUGUGUGACCAUCUUGUCUUUCAGUGGAGUACAGCCAGGUUGCCGGAAGUAGCAGACAUGAAAUCCGUGGAACAGGCCGAAGAUCUGAUGGCCUUUGAAAGAAGACUGACCGAGUCCAUCUCCUGUUUGCAACCUGCAGCCAACCGGUGGAGAAUGAUUCUGUUAGUGGUGUCUGUUUUGUUGGCCGCUGGAGCUUGGAGCUGGUUAAAUGACCCCAACACACAGAAGGUCUCGUUCUAUUUAUCACUGUGGAAUCAUCCCUUCUUCACGAUCGUCUGCAUCACUUUCAUAGCUCUCUUCUUCGCUGGGAUACACAGGCGGGUUGUGGCACCAUCAAUGUAUCCUUUUAUCUAUUUUAAAUGAAUAUGACUUAACAUU